ACUCUUUUUAUCGUAAGCAAGCCAUAACUCACCUCUCCCGAGUCACCAACUCACUGGCAUUGCUCCCUCUUCCCUCACCUUCAUUCAUUCCAUUUUUCCUUAUAUCCAUUUCCCAUAAAUUUCGAAUUCAACAACCUGUAGAUCAAAUUGUCUCCUCCAAAUUCCAAAUCACACGAAGAAAUCUGGAAUAUUCUCGGGAUCCAAACUCGGAGUUUAUUCUUGAAACGCAAUUAGGAUUUUCUUUGAGCGCUCCAGAUUUAGCAUCAAGGCGUCGUUAUGGAAACAAUAUAGGAGAACGAGAUCUUCGCACUAGUAAAUUGAAUCGUGCAAAAUUCUAAUUUUCGAUGGGAAGCAACUGCGUGGGACCGAACGCAAGUGGCGGAAACAACUUCCUCCAAUUAAUGUUGGUGGCGAUCUGGAGAACGCAGCCACCGUAGGGCAGGCUCCCGACACAAGACGCCGCUUCCACAGUAGCAACCACCAACAAUAGGGAGACUCUGUCACAGUUUCCGGUGCCAUCAAUUCCCGCUCUGAUAUCCACCACCGCGGCCGUAGAAGGUUUUGUUGAUGGCCUGGAGAUGGAAAACAAUGCGAAAGCUGCAAUCAUGCGACUUGGUCUUAGAGAGAUGAAGGCAUUUUCGAAGUUGUUGUUUCCAUCUGUUAAGGACAGCACAUUUUUCGAGAGCUGUGGUGUGGCAGACCUUAUCACAACUUGCUUGGGUGGUCGAAACAGGAAAGUUGCUGAGGCUUAUGCAAAGAAUGGGGGAAGGAGGUCUUUCGAUGAGCUCGAAGCAGAGAUGCUGCAAGGCCAGAAAUUAGAAUCAAUGAGAAUCAUGUAGUGAUAACUGAUAUAAUGUGGGUUAGGUUGUUAUCUUCGACGAAUCAACCCAGCUUUUUGGGCAACAAGUGUUACAAUGAAGAUAACAUCGAAGAAGAAGAACCAUUAAACCAGCUGUUACAUGGACAAUUUUCAGAUGACACUUUGGUUAAGAAAGAAAUUAGCAGCAUUUAGCAAUAUGUUUCCUAAAUGUUAUUGUCAUUCCUUCAUACCCCCUUCACUAUGCUAUAUGCAUUUAAUUUUUAGUAAUAUAUAUGAGCUUUUUUCUUCUCUUUUUUUGGGCCCCUCCACUCCAUAAAAUGGUUGGGGGAAAAUUAGCCUCAUUGUUAUUUUUGUAAAACUUGUGGGAUUGAAUUUGAAUUUGUUGAAAUACAAUGUCAUUUUAGAGAAUUCAAUUUUUGAUAAUAGAAAUUUUUGAUG